UACCAGUGAAACACAUCGAUCAUUGACAAGACACACCAUUUCUUUACGAAAAUGGGUACCAUGAUGAAAUUGUGUUCUCUGAUGCUAUGCUUGUCACUAGCACUCUUGCAUGGGGCCACAGCAGAACAGUGUGGUAAACAAGCUGGUGGAGCUCUGUGCCCAAAUGGGUUAUGCUGCAGCAAAUUCGGGUGGUGUGGCAGCACAGAUUCGUAUUGUGGAGAAGGUUGCCAGAGCCAGUGUAAAUCUGGGUCCACACCUGCACCCUCAAAGCCAACUCCAACUGCACCAAGUGGUGGUAACAAUGGAGAUAUCAGUGGACUCAUUAGCUCUUCUCUCUUCGAUCAAAUGCUUAAAUACCGAAACGAUGGACGCUGUGCGGGGCAUGGAUUCUACACCUACAAUGCUUUCAUUGCUGCUUCUCGCUCUUUCAAUGGCUUUGGCACCACCGGUGAUGAUGCCACACGCAAGAGGGAAAUCGCUGCUUUCUUGGCUCAAACUUCUCAUGAAACCACAGGAGGAUGGGCAAAUGCACCAGAUGGUCCAUAUGCAUGGGGAUAUUGUUUUAUCAACGAAAAUAACCAGGCAGUUUAUUGUGAUGGUGGGAAUUGGCCAUGUGCUGCUGGUAAAAAAUAUUAUGGCCGAGGACCAAUCCAACUUACACACAACUACAAUUACGGUCAAGCUGGUCAAGCCCUCAAACUAGAUUUGAUAAACAAUCCGGAUCUAGUGGCCACAGAUCCAACCGUGUCAUUCAAAACAGCCCUAUGGUUUUGGAUGACCGCACAGGCCAACAAGCCAUCAAGCCAUGACGUCAUCACCGGAAGAUGGAAGCCAUCUAGUGCCGACACGUCGGCGGGUCGGGUCCCCGGGUACGGUGUGAUCACCAACAUAAUCAACGGCGGACUCGAAUGCGGGCACGGGCAGGAUAACCGGGUCCAAGAUCGGGUCGGGUUCUACCAAAGGUACUGCCAAUUGAUGGGAGUGAGCCCCGGGAAUAACUUGGAUUGCAACAAUCAAAGGCCAUUUGCUUGACAAAAUAACUCAUAUAUAGAGAACAUAUUGUAUGUAAUAAAGGACCUAUAGUGAUCCUACUUUUAAUUAAUGGAAACGUUACUUCUAAAUAAGAAGUUCACAUUAUCUAUUUCAAAUAACAAAAUUACUAUUUUACUUUUAUCA